AUGAUGGAAGAUGAGGACGAUGAAUUGUAUCACUACGACGACGAGGAUGAUCACGAUAUGAAUGUAGAUGCUGCAGUGAGUCCGCAACUCAAGCCUUCUUCUUCUUCUUCUUCAUCAUUCUCCAAUAAUACAUCUCACCAUUCUGAUGAUACCCAUCAUAGUCAUCAUCAAAAUAACAACAACAACAAACCGAAAAGGAAUGAUGAUGACUCAACGAAUAUUUAUCCAACAAAUGGUACAACAACAAGAAUAACUACUAGUCCGAUGAUGAAUGAAGCCUUACCAUCUUCUCCUCCGAAUCGUUCUUCUUCUUCUGGUGAAGAUGUUGGAUCGGUCUGCAGGAAAAGAGAAAUUAUCAUGAGAGGAGAACAACAACGGAAUGAUAAUGAUGACGAAGGAACCACUUUCAUUCCUAACAUCGUUUAUGAAAAAGAACAAGCACAACUCGAUCCACAAUAUUCAUCUUCUCAACGAAAUUACAUUGAUGAUGAUGAUAUAUUGUUUGAGAAUCAGGAAAAACAAUUGCAAACUCAAAAGUAUUUGACCAUUGUGCCUUAUGAAAUUGCGUAUCAUGAGGGGCAAUUACUAACUUGUGUGAGAGUGAAUCGAUUACCAAUUUUGGUGAACAAGUUGGUAGAAGAGGUCAAUCAAUAUUUACAACAAGAGAGUGCAACUGCUCAUGAGGAAGAAAGUACAGAAGAAAAUGAAGAAAACGUGGUAGAUGUUUAUGCCAUACAAACGCUCUUUUUGAAUUGUAUCAUGAGAAUUGACAAGUUUAAUAAUGAGAGUGAAGUUUAUCAGCAUGUUAGAAAACGAGUAUUUGACAAUUUACAAAAUGUGAUGAGUCCACCUGAUUAUUAUCCGUUCAACUAUCCUACAUUCUAUGGAGAGGAUCAUGAUAUUGAGCAAAUUGAAUCCUACAACAAAUUGAUGGAGUCUGACGAAAUGAAAGAAUCUCGCAAAUCCUAUCAAACCAAAUAUACCGCUCAAUGGACAAAACAAGAACGAAAAAAGUUCAACGAAGGUCUCAAAUUAUUUGGCUAUGGGCAUGACAGCAAUAAGAAAAUUGCAGAAUAUAUGGGCUCUCAUAUUCAUCCAAAUCAAGUAGCCCAUGAAAAACAACGCUUGCAACUCUCUCAUCAGAAAAAAAGAAAAAAAACAAAAAAAUAA